UGGAGGCACGGCUCGGCCACAGCAGCUGCGCAGAGUACUGUAGAAUGCUGACAGUGACGGGCCUGUUGGCGGCGGUGGUGGUGUUCGCCGUCUCGGCGAUGCUACUCUCCCGCAGGUGGCGCGUCUGGAGGGACGUGGAGCGUAUCCCGGGCGACCUAGCCCUGCCCUUCCUGGGCAACACCUACGUCUUGCUCUACAUGCCUCGCGAAGAUUUUAUGGAAUUCGUGAAGAAGACGACUAAGAAAUUCUGGCCUAUUCAUCGAUUAUGGCUUGGUCCCUUCGCAGAAGUAAGAAUAACUAAACCAGAGAAUAUAGAGAUAGUCAUGGCUAGCAGUGAUCUUAUUACUAAAGCUGACCUCUACGCAUUUCUGCACCCCUGGCUGGGAGAAGGCCUUCUCACAAGCACAGGAACAAAGUGGCAUUCACAUCGAAAGAUGAUUACGCCCGCCUUCCACUUUACCAUUCUCGAUAAUUUCAUUGAAGUGUUCGUGGAGAAGGCAGAAGUAUUGGUAAAGCUUCUGAAGUCGAAAGCUGAUGGGCAAGCCUUCGACAUUUAUCCACACAUCACACGCUGUACCCUCGAUAUCAUAUGCGAAACGGCGAUGGGCACCCCUGUCGACGCACAAAACAAUGAUGAAUCUGCUUAUGUGAACGCAGUUUACAGCAUCGGCGAACUCACUAUCAAAAGAAUUCUUAACCCGUUGCUGCACAACGACUUCAUUUUCCGAAUGUCUAAUACUGGAAAAGAAUUCUACAGGAAACUUGGCAUUCUACAUGAGUUUACGAGAAAGGUCAUUAGAGACAAGAAACUAUCGAAGAUGAUGGAGAAAAUAGAUGAGAAGACAGAUGAAAUAGGUAGGAAGCGGCGAGUGGCCUUCCUGGACAUGCUGCUCGCAGAGUCUGAAGAUGGCCAGAAGUUAACCGACCAAGAGGUUCAGGAGGAAGUGGACACUUUCAUGUUUGAGGGCCACGAUACGACCUCGGCCGCCAUAUCUUGGGCUUUAGUCUUACUCGGACACCACCAAGAGAUACAAGAGAAUGUUCAUACCGAGUUAAAAGAUGUAUUUGAAAGAGAUCAUUUUAGAGGCCUCACAAUGCAAGAUCUACAUAACAUGAAGUACCUAGACAUGGUAAUUAAGGAGGCAUUGAGGCUUUAUCCAAGCGUGCCAUUCAUCGCCCGCAAGGUCACCAAAGAUGUGCAAGUGGGUGGGUACAGGAUACCAGAGGGCGUAACAGUAACGAUGCAGAUCUGCCACACCCACCGCGACCCCGACCACUGGCCGGACCCGGACCGCUUCGACCCGGACAACUUCCUGCCGGAGAGGGUGCAGGGCAGGCACCCCUUCGCCUACGUGCCCUUCAGCGCGGGGCCCCGAAACUGCAUAGGCCAGAAGUUCGCCAUCCUGGAAGAAAAGACAGUGCUGUCGUACAUCCUGUACAACUUCCGCGUGGAGACGGUCGAGAAGCUGAAGGACCUGAAGCUCCUGGGCGAGCUCGUGUUGCGAUCUUUCAGCGGCCAUGUCGUCAGGCUGACGCCUCGGUAGCAACUAGAUGAUGUACCGCUACACAGUUACUUAUGGUUCACAUCUGUGCAUGAAAUGUACAUUAAAAUAAUGUUUACUCCAAAAAA